UCUAAUACCCUCCUUGUCCUCGUCCUUCAUCUCAAAUUCCCAAUUUCAACUGGAAUUUUACUCUCUCUCUCUCUCUCGUCUCUCUGGUCUUCACAUCCAAGCAAACGCCGGAUUACCAAUCUCCAACGCAGGUUCUCUCUUUACGUUAUUGCAUUGAAGAGUUGGACAGUUUUUACAGGUGCUGAGCUAUUGAAGUUGUAGUUGAGAAAUGAGUCAGAGAGGAUUAAUUUAUAGCUUUGUUGCAAAGGGGACUGUUGUUCUUGCCGAGCACACUCCCUAUACUGGGAACUUCAGCACCAUUGCUGUGCAAUGCUUACAGAAGCUACCUUCUAAUAGCAGCAAGUACACGUACUCAUGUGAUGGUCACACAUUCAACUUUCUUAUAGACAGUGGAUUUGUUUUCCUUGUUGUUGCGGAUGAAUCAGUAGGAAGGAGUGUGCCUUUUGUAUUUCUUGAGAGAGUGAAGGAUGACUUUAAACAACGUUAUGGUGGGAGUAUAAGAGAUGAUGGUCCACAUCCACUUGCAGAUGAUGAGGAUGAUGAUGCUUUUUUUCUAGACCGGUUUAAUAUUGCUUACAAUCUUGACAGGGAAUUUGGGCCAAGGCUGAAAGAGCAUAUGCAGUACUGUGUGAACCAUCCAGAUGAAAUAAGCAAGCUGUCCAAACUGAAGGCUCAAAUAACAGAGGUCAAAGGGAUAAUGAUGGACAAUAUUGAGAAGGUUUUGGAUCGCGGGGAGAAAAUUGAACUCCUGGUGGACAAAACUGAAAACCUUCAAUUCCAGGCGGACAGUUUCCAGAGGCAGGGAAGGCAACUGCGGAGGAAGAUGUGGCUGCAGAAUCUCCAAAUGAAACUGAUGCUCGGAGGGGCAAUUUUCGCUAUCAUCAUCAUCUGCUGGCUGGUAAUUUGUGGAGGUUUCAAAUGUUGAUGGCAUAACCAAACAUAUGCUGAUCUAAUCACGAUCUUAUAAUAAGAACAAGAGAUCUUUCUCCAUCAAUCCCUUUGCCCCCUCAGAACCAGAUUUAGUAUUUAGAGUCUGAUGCUUUUCCUCAUUUGUACAAAACUUUUUACAUGUUCCUCUGUAUGAAGAUUGUUCAUAGAUGUCCAAUCCUUCUGCUCUCUGCUCCCCUUCAGACCACCGUUGGACCUUACUGUUAUGUCCAUGUCCGUUUUGUAACAAUAACAUAUUAUGCUAUUGUGUUGUAAAGAAAAAGCGAGAUCUCUCGUGCACUAAAAA